AUGUUUGAAGGACUAAUCGCAGACUUUUUGACAAAGACAAUCGGAAAGUAUAUCGAGGAUUUGGAUGUUGAUAGUGUGACAGUGUCUUUGUGGAACGGGAAUGUGAAGUUAAAGGAUUUGCGUGUGAAGCGAGACGCCUGUUCUUCACUCAACCUUCCCGUUCAAAUUACAACAGGGAUUUUAUCAAAUUUAGAAGUCGAAGUCCCGUGGAAAACGAUCAAAAAAGAUCCGUUUAAAAUCAAAAUCAGUGGCAUCAAUAUCAUCGCAAGACCACAAACAAAUUUCGUGUUUGACAACGAAAACUUCGAGAAACAGAAGGCAGUGCAAAGGAAUGAAGUUUUGGAGAGAUUCGAGUUAAUGCAACAAAUCACAUGUUCAAAAACAAAUUCCGAUGAAAAGAGCUUUGUGACUUCACUUGUGAAUAAAAUAGUCGAGAACGUCGAAGUUGAAAUUCAUGACAUUAAAUUCGUAUAUAUCGGAAACAAAAAUGAAGGUAUUUUGGGGUUUCAUUUGGAAAAUGUCAGUGUACAAAACGAGAAGAAUGACACCGAAGAUGUCAUUACAAAAAAAUGCACGUUGAGUAAUAUGAGUAUAUUCGCGCUUGUUCCAGCAAAAGAGUAUUCCGAGUGUGUUUUUGGGAGUGAAUGUGAUGAAUUUAGAACUGAAGAUUUCGUGAAAAAUGAAAUCGCGAAGAUCCCAAGUUUCGAGUUCAAUUUACAAAUCGAAAAGACGGUCCGACACCAAAUAACACUUUCCGGCGAAGUGAAAGAACUUUUUUCAUCGAUAACACGGUUGGAGUACCAACAAAUUAUUAAUAUCGUGGAACACAUGACCACCUAUACACAGACACUUAAAUAUCUGUACUGUCGCCCAACAGUGUCUGCACAAAGAGACCCAAAGAAAUGGUGGAAAUUUGCGUUCACUGCGACUCGAGACUAUUUGCGACAAAAAGAAGAAGACAAAACGCCAAUACGAACCGAGUUGUGUUUAUCACUUCGAGACCGGUUUGUGGAAUUGUUCAAAAAGGUCAGAAAAGUUCCGUACGUCACUCCAGCAACACAACCAGAAACCGAAGAACUCCAAAAAAUCGAAGAUAGCCUUAGAGUACAGGAAAUUUGUUACUUGAGAAAAUCAGCGUAUCAGAUAGUGAAUGAAGAGAAGAAGCGGUAUGAAAACUCUCGCGGGUGGUUUGGUUUUGGGUAUCAAAUACCACAACUUGAUGAAAAAACGAUUAAGGAUAUAUACAACGCAAUCGAGUACCACCAAGAUGACUUUGUCCUUCCACCAGAAACGGUUGUUUUUGUGAGUGAUGUGAACAUUAGAAAUGUCUCAUUUUCGUUGUGUGAUGAUGGGGAUAUCAUACGUUUGGGGAUAUCAAAUUUUAACAUCCACUUUGAGGCAAGGGUUGUCGGCUUAAUUCUCAAAUUGUGUUUUGAGGAUGGCAUUGUCUCCGAAAACAAAAUUGGAUUGGGAACGAUUUGGCAGAAGACCUCACAACAAAAGGCGUUCCAGUUGUGUUUUGAAAAGAGUCCAACUGACAAACACGCCGACUCUGUUGUAACACUCGAAUGCGCAAAUUCGGUCAUUCAUUGUUCCAAAAAUUACUUAGACUCGAUUGCACAAUUUUUGAAACUGUCGUCAGACCUGAAUUUGGACUGCGUCAAACAAUUUGCAGAGUUCCAAUUACAGCAAUUGUACUCCUCUGCAGCUACACAACUUGACAUUUUCUCGGAAAACCCACCAAUUGUUGAUAUAAAAAUUAACUUGAAUGCACCAGUUGUGUUCUUCCAUUACGACCAAAACGAAAGGGGGAUGACUGGAAACGUGUUGAAAAUAUCGUUUGGGAAUUUAAAGGUAUCAAAUUUACAGAACGACGAGAAUUACCAGAACUUCCUCGCCAAAAUACAAAACAUUGAGAUUUUGUUGCUUGAAUCGCUUGAUGAAGUAUGUUCCAACAAAAACACAAUUGUUCAAAAAACAGGCGCGUCCAUCACGGUCUCCACAAAAUUUUCGAAUGCGCCAUUGACAAAAGUCAAGCUGUGUGGAGAGGUCGAGCCAUUCAUCGCCAAAAUAUCAAAACGGAAAUACGACAAGAUACUUGCAUAUAUAUUCCUGUUUAUGACGUUCAUUCCAGACUCACUCAAAUCACCAGAUGAGUUGUCUUCUGUUGACAACGUCGAUAAAAUCUUGGUGAGUGAGUUAGUCAAAAAGACUGCCGAAAUACACACUGUGGACAUCAAUGUGAAUAUUCCAGUGUUCUGUGUUGUUUUAGCCAAAGUGGGCGACUUAGAGGAAAACGAAAUAAUGACUGCCGUGGAAAUAAAGAAUGGAAAUUUUUGUUUGAAUGUAUUACCCGAAAGUGUGUUCUUUGAGUUGACGUUGAACCGUCUCAAAAUGAAGAAUGGGCUAAACGACAAAAUUCCGUUUCUCGUUGAGUCGAAUCCAAACACGCAAACCCUUCAAAACUACUUUUACGAGAACGAGAACGACUCCGAUAAUGGUAAUUGUUUUGACUUGUCAAAAAACGAUUUUGUGACCGUCAAAAUCAAAGUGGUUGGGAAAAAAGUUGAUGUGUGGCUUAAUAUCAACACAUUUGCAAUUGUAUACGAGCCUUCCAUCAUCAGUGAAAUAAUCACUUUUUGUAUGUCGCUUUCGAUGUUUCCCGAGAGUGACACGCCAAACGACUAUAUUUACAAUAUCGAUGUCACCCUCUCACACUUCUUCUUUUUCCUCCAAAACGAGACAAAGGUGUAUGCGGUUGGUUCCAUCUCUGGUUUAGAUUUAAGUAUGGUCUUAGACAACGUGAAGCUCGACUUGGGGUUGAACAUACACGACUUUUCAUUGAAGAACGUUUUAUACCAACGCGAAGAUCCCCGAUACUCUGCAAUAGUCUCUUCUGACAAGACGUUCAUGAAGCUUAAAUACGUCGACACGAAUGAUGACAAUUACUUCAUCGCUCUUGAAAUAGGCGAAGUGUUGUGCAAUUUUGUGAUGGAAGAUUUUUUUGUCAUUUGGAACGUGUUUUAUGAUAAAAAGGUACAGCGAGCUGUUGAUCUGACAUCAAUGAAAAAAGCAGUUGAAGACCAAUACGAGUAUUUAAAGAAGUCCGUCACUCAUAAGCUCGAGAACAAAAAUGAGAAUCAGAAAACCACUGACAUCAAAGUAAAGUCUCCUCAACUCACUGCAUAUCUUCCAUACGGCCAAGUAAUAGUUCGACUCAAUCAAAUAACAAUUGAAGAUGGGUGUGAUGGGUGGGAAAUCCUCUUUGACACAAUGAAAGUAUCGACUUGUGUGAACCAGAAACGAGAGUUCUGCGUGAGAGACUUCACAUUCAUUGUUGACGUACCCAUUAAGAAGACGGAAAUAACAUUUUUCCAGUUGCAGUUCCCUUUUGCUGAGGUUGUCAUUUCGCCCGAUCAGUUUAAGAUUCUUCUCAUCUUUCUCAAAACAUUUUUUUCUGAGGAAAGCAGUGGUGAGAACAACAAAAAUCACAAAAAUGAGAAGCCAAAAGAUAAUCAAAAGGAUGAAAUUGUUGACUUGGCUGAUUUGGAGCCAAUCUCGAAGAAGGUGACAAGUUCAAUUGAAAUGUCAAUGAAGAAAUUUGAGAUAACUAUACGUGGAGAGAUAGAAACUAUAUGUAAACUAAAACUGGGUGGAUUUGGAGGGAAUGUAAAUUUGACAGAGAACGGGUAUGCUAUUUUUGAUUUCUUUAGCGAAAAUCUCGAGAUUGACGAUUUGAGAGAAAAGGUCGAGAUGAAAGAAUAUCGAGAGAUUUAUAGGAAGGUCACAAAGGGAAAUGUGUUAAACGUGAAAGGCAAUUAUUAUAUUCAAACUGGAAAUGUUCAGAGCAAUGUCAACAUCCACCCGUCAUCACUCAUUUUGGCCCCAAAGUUCAUCAGAAGUCUUAUAGCAAUAUCUUUAGUGUUCUUCGAUGGAAAGGAAAUUGAAAUUGUGAAUACAGAAGACCCAUUACUCCAAGCUUCAACUAAAACCGCGACGACUGGCCAGAGAGAUUGUUUAGUUAUUGUUAGCGAUGAAGAAGAUAAAGAUGUUGAACGUGACAAGACAACAGAGAACAAAACGGACUCUAAUAAUUUGGAGGAUGAAAGUGUGAGUGGGAGGUAUAUCAGAGAACACCUUCUUCACUUAAAAGACCCAAAGAGUGGAGAGGACAAAGUGUACAUCUCAAAAGGACUUGGUAAAAAGAGUCAGGCCGUUGAAGAAAUAGUCAGGUAUUUAAAUGACGCUUGCCCAUUGCCAAUGACUCCAGCUGAGGUCAUUUUGGUCCUUAAAGCAAAUUAUGAAUGGCACUACCCACAAUACGUGUGUGAAUAUAUUUGCGAGGAGUUGGUGAGACUCGGGCUGUUGGUACCAGAAAAGGGGAACUUCCUUCACAAUCAAUUGCCAAAUAUAGACUCCUCUGUGUUAUAUCAUACGGUUUUUCCACCUAAAAUGUCACAAGUCCACAUCGACCUCACUUCGUUCCAACCAGCCCGUCCACCCGCAAGUGCUAUCACCCCAAAACACAUUCAUGUUUUUACAUUUGCAAUAAAGGAUUUGGCCGUUGUUGCAGUUCAAGACGACUCUCCUGACACGGAAUUGUUAUACGUGAAGUUAAGCGCCUCUGUGUGUCACACAGUUACUAAUUGUGGCUCAAAUACGCUUUCGGAAUUACAAAUAGAAGACAUUAGGACGUGUUUCUCCAAAGGGCAUUCAUACACUCCGGAAAAAGGAGUUCAGCUAUCAACAGGAAUUUCGGCGUCUUUCAGUGUCACGAGAGAGUUCUGGGACAAUUGGUAUGGUAUACGUGGAGGUGUCAACAUCAACAACGUCCACUUAAAAACGACAGUCAGUGACUUGCAAUUGCUCUAUUUUUUCUUCAAAGAGCUCCAGAAAAUUGGCGGAGAAACAAAUUACGAAGUCGACUCUGAGAACUCGUUCAGAAUUGAUCUCAACGAAUUCAAAAUGGUCGUUGGAAACCCACUCAGAAAAGACCCAUUUUGUAAAGUCAAAAUACCAGGAGCCACUUUGGUGUACCGAAGCAGAAACGAUGACAGUGUGUUUAGAGUUGUUGGCGAAAUUAAAGUCGAUGGGUAUAACCCGAGGACGCGAGAGUAUGAUGUUUUACUCGAGAAGAGUCUCGUUGAAUUUAAGCGAAGAGACGUCAUUGAUUGCAUUCAGGGUAUCUUGGUGAACAGAAAUAUGACAGAAAUUGAUGUGAAAAACAUCGAGAUGAUAUUCACUGUCGACUUUGCAAAGGAGCUUCAAAGAAUCAUGAAAAUUGAUUUUACCAAAAAGAACGAAGAAAAAGAGAGUUUUGAAUUCGUUCCAAUUCAAUUUGUUGAUGUUUACUCAAUGAGUGGGGAGGGACUUUUUGUAUCAAUCAAUGGCUGUGGAACAAUUCGGCUGAAUAACAAAUUGCAGCACUUUGAAAACAUGACACAACAACGGGAAUACUCGGAUAUGAAGAAGUGUGUUGUAAUGAGUUCUGACGGCGACGGUAUUGAAGUUCCAAUUGUGUCACAAGGAGAGUACGUCCACAAUAUGUUUGGUGGAAAGAAAAUGGUCGUUUCAGUGAACAUUGAAGAGAACUCGUCGAAGGUAGUGAAGUUCUCCACACUUUUAGCGAUUGACAAUGGAUUUGAGGAAGAAUUGUUUCUUACGUUUGAAGCAAAAAAUCCCAAAUACAUUACCAAAAACAAAGAAAAUGAUAACCAACAAGAAGAAAACAGCAAACAGAAAAAACGAGUAGGAAGUUUAUCAAAACCGCCGAGUGAACUCGACAAAGGACUUGUCGACGACUUUUUAAAAAAGGUUGAAAAAGGGUCCGAACCAAAUGACAAAGUCGAGAAAAUAGAAAACAUGGAAGAGAAGAAAUGUAGGAAAGAAAGGAUGCUUUUCCCAAAAAUUCAUGAGCGUCCAAGGAUGUCAAGCACAUCCACUUUGUCCAAAGAGGGGUUGCCGAUAUUGCAAACCACAAAUAUUGAAAUUAAACAAUCAACGACUCCGAUAUUGAAACAUCCACAACCACCUUCUCGUGUUAGACAAAAUUCUGCAAACACAAACGCCACGAGUUUAAGGACAUUGCGUCCUCUGUUCGAAGAGCCCGAAUUUUUGAAAGUGGAUGUCAGUUUACAGCCUAAGGAACUGUACUACGUUCCACCACAACUCUUUGGCGGGAACGUGACUAUAUGUUCGUCAAGAAUAAAGGCAAAAACAAUGCCUUUGAGCGAGCUAUUCACCGAAAAAAUAAUCCGGUUAGACAACAAUCGGUGUGUUUUAACUCGUGUUCUUAAGAGGAAUAUUGCCAAAAACGUCCAAACUAUUAUCAAGUUGUCACCAUCGUUGACUGUCACAAAUAUGCUACCAAUGCCAUUUGUGUUGAAAAGCGAAUCCGUUGAAAUGCCAAUCCCCUCGAGAAGUUCCAUUUCGACAUUCAUUGAUCCACAGAGCGUCGUUCAAAUUACUAUUCCGGGUUAUAUGAGUGUUGUCAUUCCUCAGCACGGCGAGUUGAAGAUUUUUUCCAUUGGGAAAGGAGAAAACACAAUUCGGUAUUUGUGGGAGUUUGGCAAUCUUCGAAUUGAUGCAGAGGAGUGGGUUUACAAUCGGUCAUUUAUUCCAUUAAAGCUUUCUCUGGACAAAAAGAAUUUGAUUGGUAACAAAGUUGGUGUUGGAAAUAAUAGUCAGCCAAUUCCAAUAACUCGAGCGAACAAACCACUAUUCCUUGGAAUUGGAAACUGUUGGUCAAAGGCUUUAUACUUUGAGAAAAUGGAGGACUUUGUUUCGAUCGAGGCCAACAACACUUGCUACACACUAAACGUCCUCGUAGAAACAACAGAUGAUUCAACAGAACACAACAGACAGAUCAUAAUCAGACCGAGCUAUAUGGCGAUCAACGACUUAGAGGUACCAAUAUAUUUGACUUCGACAAAUACAAACGACCUGAUCCUCAUGCCUCCCAAGUCCAAUAUGCCACUUUAUUUUAACUCCAAAAUGAAUGUAAACGAUAAAAAAAUUGCGGUCUCGAUUAACCCGCAUGGACCUUGGUGUUUGAUUCCAACAGAUUUGGAAACUCACUUCCAAACAGUUUUUUUGAGAAAAGAAAAUGGUGCUGUAGAAGAAGGAAUUCCGUCAACAAUUUCCAUUGAUGUCAACAAGUCCACAAUAGUGAAAUUUGAGAAAGUCACAAAUCAAUGCAGCUAUGUGUUAGAGAAUGACACGCAAUACGAAAUUUCGUUGAAAAGGAUGAACUCGGAAUUUGUCACGAUCGUGAAGAAGAACCAAAAGAUGGAACUGGUAUUCCCCAACACGUCAAACAUCUCUUCUAUCCAAAUCUCUGCCGAUUUCACAAACAACAAAUUUAUACAAUACAACCUCGACUAUCCACAGGUGUACGAAGCAAAAGGUGGGAUGUGUGGGAUAGUGUACCCAUACACGUGGAUCUCAAACGAUGUAACAGUUCUUGUUUUUACACAAAGUUGGGACAAAACAUUAAAGGACAUUGGUGGACUAAUUGGUAAAGAAAAUAUAAACACCACAGAGUUUAGAGCAAAUAUCGGCCGCCUUGGUGUUGAUGUCAUUGAUCAAAACAGGGAAGAGAUAUCAUACAUUUCAACAGGAGAAGUGAGUUACACGUGUUUGGGCAGUUUUUAUAAGACACGUCACAGACUGUUUGUGGAACCGUUUCAGGUCGAUUCCAAUGCAAGAGACUGUUCCAUUGCAGUUCCAUUUUUAUGCAAAGGUGUUACUGUCUCACUAGAUAUCAUUUCCCAAGAAGAAAACACUUUCAAGUAUAUUCCAAACGCUUUUGUGAAGAUCCAGCCACUGCGCAUAAAAUUGGAGACCCCAUUUGUCCACCACGUUUUGAAGGUCUACGAAGAAUGUUUCAGAAAAGAAGGGUUGAAGAAGAAAGACGAAAUACUCAAGACCCCAGAACUCUUUUUGACGCCAAAGGAAGUGAACUCGUCACCAACGUUCACUUUUGAUAAUCUGUACGUUUCUCCAAUAGACAUCAACAUCAGCACGGAACUGUCACCAUCAUUUCUCGUUAAUAUUCCAUACAACUCGUUUACAGCUCCUCUCCACGUCAUUGGAACUUCUGUGUUGACGAUAACAUCUGCAAGACUCCACUUGAACGAAAUUAACUGUUCGAAACUCACUGCGACAAAUGAGAGAUUUGGAAUGAUGUUGAUGGACUUUUAUAGAGAGCUGGCAAUGCAGCAAUUGGUAUCUGCUGUUUCUUCAAUGGAACUGAUAGGAGCACCUGGCGCGAUGGUCAAUUCCUUUGCUGAUGGUAUUACAGACUUUGUGACUUACACAAGACAAGAGAGGCGUAACGGAAAUGGAUUGUCUGGUGUUGGUAAAGGGACCGAGUCAUUACUUAGAAAUUCGAUUCAUGGCGUCUCAUCAACAGCAGCGGCGCUUUCAAACACGGUCGGAAAUUUGGCCGCUUCUCUGACUUUUGACGAGGAAUUUAUUCGAAAGCGACAAAUGCAGUUAAAACCGAACAACGUUUCUGAAGGUAUAUUGGAUGGGUUGAAAUGUAUAUUAGAAGGUAUUAUGGAGGGAGGAAAAGGGAUCGUGAUGCAACCGUACAAAGGUGCGCGCAAAAGUGGAGUGUAUGGCUUAAUUGGGGGCAUUGGGAAGGGAAUUGUUGGUGUUGUGAUGAAACCUGUUGGAGGGGUUGUUGACUUUACAGCAAAGGUAACGGAAGGUAUUGUCGAGGAAUCGAGUGAGAUGGUUUUGAGAGCAAGAAUACCGCGAAUAGGGAUGAAAAGUAAAAGGAUAUUGGAGUACAACAACGAGGAAAAUAAAAUAGCAUGGAUUGUGUAUAAAAAGGGACUUGGUGAUUUUGUGGUGUAUGUAAAAACGCGAGCAAAGUACAUAGUGUUGACCGAAACAAUGUUUGUUAUAUUGAAAGACGAAGCCGUGAUCUACACAUUACCUUUGGAUGAAUUGAUGUUGAAGAUUGAGCCAGACUUGGUCAGGUUCAAACGGUUUGAGCGAGAGGUACUCAAAGUGCAUUACAAAGAAGGGAAGCACAUGAGGGUAUUUAUUCGAAUUGCGCAACAGUAUAUUCGAUGUAUGAAUUAA